UUGCGUUAUUGCUUAUCGAAUAGUUGUGCUAUAGUGCGUAUUUAAACCCCCAAAAGAAUAAACAUAUAUCGGAUAGUUCACUAAUACUUGAGAUCCGCCAGUGCACAUUACUGAAUAGAAAAACCGGUGACCCAUUGGUGAGGUUAUAUUUUGAUAGGUAGAGCGGAGUUGUGUUAUGAGUUUUGUGUAGUUCGUGGACCCGUUUGCCCCCAUUUAACAUGUGUUUAUUACAAUAACAAGCUGUCAGUGCGAUUCGCUGUCUUUGUUGCUACAUGUAUGUUGGAUGGAAUAAAGCAAGAUGUGGUAAUAGCCAGUAUCAGUGAAAAUGGAACUAAAGUAAACGGUGAAAGAGUGAAUACAAUGGAGUAUGAUCCUGUGAAGGGAAACACCGACAUCUUUGAGGACGGUGAAGAGAAGAUUCAGUUUCUACAACUUAAAAUUGAGGAUGAUAAUGUCAGCAUCUGUAGCAGACGAAGUGAGCACCCUCCCGACCUACAUAUCAGAGAGGACGACGAGCACCACACGCACACGGUGGUUCCCAAGACAAAACUACAGAAAGCCCAGUUCCGAGUUAAAUCUGUAAUAGAACACUUUAUAUUUCGUGUGUUCACCGUGCUACUGAUUCUGAUAGACGUCAUCUUAGUCGUGGUGGACAUUAGUGUCAAGAAUCUCAGCGAGCAAACCUCACAUGACAUUGCCUUGGUAUCACGUAUCAUCAUCACUUAUUUUCUCAUAGAAAUCGGAUUCAGAAUAUUUUAUCGUGGGAAAGAGUUUUUUAAGAGUUGCUUAGAUGUCACAGACAUGGUGGUUGUCUUGGCAACGUUUAUCAUAGACUUCGUUCUUGGCUUCUUGGUGGAGGUUCAUUACGGAAGACUUGGUGUCAUUGGGCGAGCAUUGCGUGUGGUUAGAAUAGGGAGGAGUGUGAUAAUAAUGGUACAACAAUAUCGUCACAUGACUCAGGCAGCCAGAAAAACCGUCUCUCAAAACAAGCGCAGAUAUCAAAAAGACGGAUUCGACCUUGACCUGUGCUAUAUUACAAAGCGGGUAAUUGCAAUGUCAUUUCCCUCAUCUGGUGUAAGGGGGAUGUACAGAAACCCAAUCCAAGAAGUCGCACGGUUCCUUGAUGCUAAGCACAAAGAUAGCUAUCUUGUAUUUGAUUUAUGUAGUGAACGAGAUUACGAUGCUUCAAUUUUUCAUGGUAGAGUAGAGAGAGUUUAUAUCGACGACCAUAACGUGCCUUCUAUAAGAGAUAUGGUAGAUUUUUGCAUCAAAGUCCGCAAGUGGCUGUCAGAAAAUGAAAAACACGUGAUUGCGGUUCAUUGUAAAGGCGGGAAAGGUCGCACUGGUACCAUGAUUUGCACGUGGCUUGUAGACUGUGACAUGUUCAAAGAGGCACAGGAGAGUCUUAAUUACUUUGGAGACAGAAGAACAGAUUUAAUGAAAGGAUCAACUUUUCAAGGCGUCGAAACCCCUAGUCAGAGCCGUUAUGUUGGCUACUAUGAAACCAUCGUCAAAAACAUGGAUGGUGAAGUGCCUCCAGUUGUAAAGCUGAAAUUACAGACGAUUCGCAUAACGGGCAUUCACACUGUGGGAAACGGAGACGGGAGUGACCUGGUUUUAGAUAUUUAUCUACAGAGGACCCUCGUUUUUAACAGCAAAUUAGGAAAGCAAGAAAACUGUGAGUUGGAGGUUUUGACAGAUGAAGAUGCAAUUGAAAUUUUCCCAAAAGAGGAAAUCAUUUUACAAGAAGACGUGAAGGUGAAAUUUAGCUCGAAUAAAAUUCCCAAGGGGUAUGACAGCUGUGCAUUUUACUUCUGGUUCCAUACUUAUUUUGUAGAAAAUUUAAGGUUGCGGAUUCCUCGAGAUGAACUUGACAAUCCACAUAAAAAGAAAACCCACAAGAUUUUCACAGAGGAUUUCUCCGUGGAGAUGACCUUUGAACUAGCUUCCUGACCUUCAUUUAUUUACAUUAUAAACCAAAGACUAUUUUAUACAUUUUUAAUUUUUUAACUUGCCAUUCCAUUUUACCCAAUUAAUCAAAUUCUAUACAAGUAGUAGAUCGUUAAUGUUUUCCUCUUGUCAUUUCUUG